AAUAAGCGGCUAAAGUCUAGUGCUGUUGUGGAUUCUGAAAGAGUCUGUCUUCAGGACUGAAACACUGAUGUUACCAAAAUAGUUUUAAAUCAACUUCAAAUAAAAGCUUCCAAUGACCUGUUACCAUUUCAGGUGUUGGCAGGAGCUGUUAUAGUGUGACCUACAGAGACAAAAGAGUCUGUGCUGUGGAAGGUUCUUCAGUGGAGUUUGCUGGAAAUUACUCACAUCCCAGUGAUCUGAGUGUUAGAGAAGUAUUCUGGCAUUAUAUUCAGCGUGGUAAAGUCUUCCAGGACCUGACGCAGGAAACACAGUUUACUAAUCGAGUUGAAUAUGUGAAACAAGACAAAAGCAGCACUUUGAAAAUGAAAAACCUGUCAAAGAAAGACUCUGGAAGAUAUCAACUUAGAUUCCUUACUAAUGAUGGUAAAGGAUUCUCUGCUGAACCUGGAGUGAUUCUGAAUGUUACAGAUCUGCAGGUAAGAGCGAGUCGCUCUGCAGUGGCAUCAGAAGGACAGACUACAGUAACGCUGAGCUGCAUCACCUCCUGCACUCUGUCUAACAACCACACUUACAUGUGGUACAGGAACGGACAGCCUGUUACUGACAAACUCACCAAACACAACAAGCUCUACCUGAACUCCAGUGAAGAUGCAGGAAACUACUCCUGUGCUGUGAGAGGACGUGAGGAUCUCCGCUCUCCUGAACUAACUGUGACAUGUGAGCCACAAAACUCAGUCAUUAUAUUAAUGUAUAGGGUUGUGAUAGCUCAAGUUCAAUCCUCAGCACUGACAGAGAGCAGCUUUUAG